AUGCACAUGGCUCACAAUCGAACCAUCCGAACCUUAUGCAUGUAUGGCCUUAUUUCAAAUCCUCUUCGGGGCACUAUAAGUCUCGAAGCUAAACCCACAUAUCUCAACUUGCACAAACUGCAACCCCACAUUUCGCCUACCUGUGCAACAAUGUUCCGUUUUGCUCGUAAAAUCAAAGUCGGAGCCCCUUCGCUGACCCCCUCGCUCACCAAGAAGGCUGGCGCCUUUGCUUUCGGUGCUGUCACCGGAACCGUGCUAGCUGUGACCUUCCCUCUUAACGUGGAGAAGCCCAAGUUCACUGAGGAUCUUACCCAGCUGAUCCGAGAGUUCAAGGCUUCUCAGCCUAUUAGCAACGAUGCUGUCAAGGCCGCUGCUGUGCCCCAGUUCCCCCAGCUUGACGAGUUCGACUUUGGUAACGAUCAACGACCCAUCAAGCUCCGAAUGGAGGACUUCAUCAAGAAGAUGCAAAAGGAGAUCGUGGCCGAGCUUGAGACUCUUGAUGACACCUCCACCUUCCGAGUUGAUGAGUGGCAGCGUGGGCUCAAUGGCGAGGGAGGAGGAGGAAUUUCUUGUGUUCUGCAGGAUGGUAAGGUGUUUGAGAAGGCCGGUGUUAACAUAUCUAUUGUUCACGGCCUGUUGCCCCCCAUGGCUGUCCAGAAGAUGAAGGCUGAUCACAAGAGUAUUCGACCUUCCAACGAUGGAAACCUCCCCUUUUAUGCCUGUGGUCUGUCUAUGGUUCUCCACCCAGUCAACCCCAUGGCUCCUACUGUCCACCUCAACUAUCGAUACUUUGAAACCAUGAACUCCGAUGGUACCACCCAGGCUUGGUGGUUCGGUGGAGGAAGCGAUCUUACCCCCUCUUACCUGUUUGAGGAGGACGCUGUUCACUUCCACAAGACUCUCAAGGAAGCUUGCGACAAGCACGACAAGGACUACUACCGGAAGUUUAAGAAGUGGUGUGAUGAGUACUUCGUCAUUAAGCACCGACAGGAGGCCCGAGGUGUCGGAGGUAUCUUCUUCGAUGAUCUCGAGAACAAGGAUCCCGAGGAGCUCUUUGGUUUCAUCCGGUCUUCUCUUCGAUCUUUCCUGCCCUCUUACAUGCCCAUCAUCCAGCGACGAAAGGAUCUCCCUUACACUCCCGAGGAGAAGCAGUGGCAGCAACUCCGACGAGGUCGAUACGUCGAGUUCAACCUUGUCAACGAUCGAGGAACCGCGUUCGGUCUGCAGACUCCUUCUGCUCGCAUCGAAUCCAUUCUCAUGUCUCUUCCUCUUACUGCGUCUUGGAUGUACGACCACAGACCCUCUGAGGGAUCUCGAGAGGAGCGACUGCUCAAGAUUCUCAAAGAGCCCCGUGAGUGGGUCUAA